ACUCUUUUUAUUAUAAAAAAAAUGGCAACAUUUGAAGAAAUAUCACCAAAUCAAAAUCAGUUUAAGUCCAUUGUUACUGGUUUAAUAUAUGAUCCAAGAGCCAUAAAUAAAUUAAAUUUUACCGACGUUUGUAACAUUACCGAUGCCUUAUCGAAAAAUCUAGCAGCUCUGUCACUUGCAUCCGUAUCCAAAGGUGUUAAUAGCUUAACUGAAAUUCCUCUCAUAACAAUCAGUGAUUAUUCAACCCAACACAACCUAUUACCACAAUCAAUAGAAAAUUGUCGACAAAAAUCAUAUUUUGAACGUCUAAUGCUAGCGGGUGAAAAUAACAAUUAUCUCAAACCACCGUCAAGCUUUGAAACGCUACCAUCAGUUGUAAAACAUAAAAGUUUCGAUGCUGCAUACAUGUUUAGAUUUCGCAAGAAUGCCCAAGUCAAACCCUCGUCGUUUUCAUCAUAUUUCACUCACGAACGUAGGGGCUCAUUGAAGAAAUAUAAUUUAGCACGAAGAUGCUCGGAAAACUUUGUUAAAUCUACCAUCAAUCCUUAUGGAUAUUCGCUUCGACAAAGAUUGCAAUUGACAAACAAUUAUUGUCUUGUACCGGAGCAGUAUUAUCGCAUAGGUCAAACAACACUCUAUUGGAGAUCUUUGCCAGCUAAAGAAUCUGAAGCAACACCGUUGGCUGAUAUUUCACAUCGUGAUCGGUUGAUAGUUUUGUACUGUACUAAUUUCAAUGGUACUCAUAAGUUGAAACCUUUGGUUAUUGGAUCAAGUCGAGAUCCAAGGGUUAUUGGACAUUUUGAAGCUUUUGUUGAAUACAGGUACAGCAAAUAUGCUACUAUAUCACCAAAAAUGUUGGAUGACUGGUUUUUUCAGCAUUUUAUACAUGAGGUUUCUGUUUUUUUAAAAAGCCAAGGUCUAACUCAGAAAGCAAUACUCUUUCUAGAUCCUUCGGUUGAUCAGCAUCCUCCUUUGACGCAAUUGAUUUCCCACAAACAUCACAUGAGAGCAGUCAAACUUUCCACAGAUAUUGCUGUGGAUCAAACAGUUGUUGGUUUGGCACGUAUCGAAUAUAAAAAACGUCUGCUAAUUGAUGCAGUUGCAUGUCCGAAUAAAUCCGCUAAGCUUGGUGAUGCGAUUGCUAUUAUUCGUUUGGCUUGGGAUACAGUUAGACCAUAUGCUAUUGAGAAGUGUUGUCGUUAUGUUUUGCCGAGUGAAGAUCGAUCUGGUUUUCCCGAAACCAAUCCAACAGCGAUACUUCGAGCAAUGCAAUUGCAACAUAUUACAAAAUUGGAAAUUCAAAGAUUACUAUUUUGUAUGCCUGGAGGAAAGGAAUUUGACAAGUGCGAUAUUGAUAAUUGGAUUUAUUACGACGAAGGAUAUAUUGAUAAUAAAAAUCCUUUCUUUUAAAAAAUACUGUUUGUUGUAGUAUUUGUGAAUUGAUAAUUAAUAAAAAACU